CAGCGCAGCGCCGUCUGAACGACGAGCGACGACCAGCAGAGGAAAACAAAUAAACCGGAGGGCUCCGCUGAGAUCUGACGCUCCGCGCAUCUUAACAAGACUUACUACACAUUUUUCCAACCGACUUAUAAAAGGAUGUCUCUGUAUCCAUCACUUGAGGACCUGAAGGUCGACAAGGUCAUCAAGGCCCAGGCCCAGUUCGCCCAGACCACCACCCCCAUGCCUGCCAUCACUGAGGGAACCUACCAGCCUCAGCUUGCCACUGCUGGGAUGCCUGGGUCAAGCCUGUACCCAAAUCUGGAGGAGCUGGGAGAGUACAUGGGCCUGAGCCUCAAUAGCGACGAAGUCCAGAGGAACCUGGCUUUGGUGCCUGUGGCUGACAAUCAGGUCGCAGUGCCCUCCCUCUCAGGUGUCGGCGGGAUGGUGCGGCCGGUGACGGGAGGGGACGUCGGCAUCAGGAGGGCAGAGAUCCGCCCGGGCCUGAGGGAGAUCAUCCUCUGCAAGGACCAGGACAAGAAGGUCGGACUGAGGCUCAGGUCCAUCGACAACGGAGUGUUUAUCCAGCUGGUGCAGGCCAACUCCCCCGCGGCCUUGGCCGGCCUGCGCUUCGGGGACCAGGUCCUUCAGAUCAACGGGCAGAACUGCGCCGGCUGGAACGUAGACAAGGCCCACAAGGCCCUGAAGGCUGCGGCCGAGACCCGCAUCGAGCUGGUGGUCAGGGACAGGCCUUUCCAGCGCACCGUCACCAUGCACAAAGACAGCUCCGGCCACGUGGGCUUCAUCUACAAGAACGGCAAAAUCACCUCGCUGGUCAAGGACGGCUCCGCUGCCCGCAACGGUUUACUGACCGAGCAUUACAUCUGUGAAAUCAACGGACAAAACAUUAUCGGACUUAAGGACUCUCAGAUCAAGGAUAUUCUGUCCACGUCCCCAACCGCCAUGACCAUCACCAUCAUGCCCAAGUUCAUCUACGAGCACAUGAUUAAGAGGAUGUCCACCGGUCUCCUGCGAUCAGCAAUGGAUCACUCCGUCCCCGAGGUGUGAAGACGGGAAGAAAGAAGAGUGUAAACUGUCAGGAUGUCUACAAUAUACAGAGAUAUCUCUCUUUUUCUUACUGCUCUUUGUCUGUCUCUCUAUCUCUCUCUCUCUUUCUCUCUCUCUCUCUCUCUUUCUGUCUUCAUAUCAAACCACCUCCUGCAUCACAAUCAUCAUCAUCACCAUUACUCAUCAUAACCUCGAGAUGCCUUUUUUUUCAAAAGUUUGUUAUUUUCAGUACAUUUCCUUUUCUACAUCUUCUCCUCUGUCUCUGUUGAUAUGUCUAAUACUUUUAUAUGUUAACCUUGUAGUCUACGUAUUACAUGUGCUUUUUUUUUUUUUUUUUCCCUUCUUCUUUUUUUGUAUUUGAGAUCAAGGACAGUACAAAAUGUUUGUUUUUUUUUAAAGCCAUGCACACGAUCAUGAGUCCAGAGCUUCCUCCUCAUUGUGGAGAUGAAUCAUUGGCAAGUGACAUUUCACCUUGUCAAAAAAAAAGAAAAUAA